AUGUCUGCAUCGCGUCUAUCCCGCCUCCCGAAUUGGGUUAGCCACUGGCUCGGCUACCGCGCCGAACCCGUGAAGCCACUCCCAACAUACCAAGUCGCGGCCUGGUCUUUCAUCGCGGCCUUUUGUGGUCUGUCGGUGGUACAGGGACUAUUUAAUUACUCAGAGUACUUCACAUCGCGCCACGUACCUGGGAUCAUUGCCUCAUAUGGUGCAUCGGCAGUCCUCUGCUUCGGCGCAAUCGAAAGCCCCCUCGCGCAACCUCGUGCCUUGAUAUUCGGCCAUUUCUUUAGCGCCUUAGUCGGCAUCUGCAUAACAAAGCUUUUCAGCCUCAUGCCCGACGAAGCCCGCUUCCAAUCACUGCGCUGGCUCGCCGCAUCCCUCUCAACCGCCACGGCUAUAGUAGUCAUGCAGCUGACCGGAACCACUCACCCCCCUGCCGGUGCAACCGCGCUACUCCCAGCAACCAACGACGAGGUCUGGAACCUAUCUUGGUACUACCUGCCCGUGGUACUGCUCUCCUCGACUCUACUUAUGGUUUGCGCGCUAUUGCUCAAUAACUUGCAUCGUCGGUAUCCUGUCUUUUGGAUUGCGCCGGCGCCACCCAAAGCUGCGGCUCCUCCACCAGUGCCUGCGACAACCCUUUCCGUGAAGGGGGAUGCAGAGUCUUCGCAGGAGAAGUUGCCGAAAGAUUCUGUUUGA